AUGGAAGAGGCAAAAGAAAUCAGCACUCCAAUUGCCACUGAUACGAAGCUUGAUUUGGAUGAAAUAGAUCCUAAUGUAGAGCAAAAGAUGUACAGAGGAAUGAUAGGGUCAUUGCUAUAUCUUACUGCUAGCAGGCCUGAUAUAGUGUUUAGUGUAGUAUUAUGUGCUAGAUUUCAAGCAAAUCCUAAGAAUUCUCAUCUAAAAUCUAUAAAAAGGAUUUUUAGAUAUCGUAAAGGAACUAGUGAUCUUGGUCUAUGGUACCCAAAAGGUAGUAAUUUCAACUUUGUUGGUUUGGUUGAUAGGAAGAGCACUACAGGCAUGGCACACUUACUUGGAUCAUGUUUAAUUACCUGGUCCACUAAGAAGCAGAAUUCAGUAGCAUUGUCUACUGCUGAAGCUGAAUAUGUGGCUGCAGGGUCUUAUUGUGGUCAAUUAUUAUGGAUUAAGCAAUAA